UGCGUCUGUUUCAUUCGCUGAAAAGGUAAGACUUAAAAAACUUAAAACCUUUCCCCACUCACAUCAUCAUCACCUUUGUCUCUCUUUCAAGCUUCUCUGUGUGUUGUGUGUGGUUGGUCAACAGCAACAGCUGUUGAGCAAAGAUGGAUCAUCAAGUUGGAUAUGGUGUUGAAGUGACUGGGUUAUCUCCAUCUGUUACUGAGAAAGACCUUAUUGAUUUCUUCUCUUUCUCUGGUACAAUCGAAUAUAUUGAUAUUGUCAGGUCAGGUGAGCAAGCAUGUACUGCUUAUGUGAUGUUCAGGGAUUCUUAUUCUCAAGAAACUGCUGUUUUACUCAGUGGCGCAACGAUAUUGGAUCAGCGUGUUUGCAUAACUCGUUGGGGACAACAUCACGAAGAGUUCGAUUUCUGGAAUGCGACUCCCCGGGGUUUUGAAGAUGAAUCAUACUCACAUCCUCAUGCUCAACGAGGAGAUUUCAACGCUGGAGAAGCAGUGACUAAAGCUCAAGAAGUGGUGAAAACAGUGCUUGCCACAGGAUUCGUGCUAGGCAAAGACGCUCUAAGCAAAGCUAAAACCUUUGACGAAUCCCACGGCGUAUCAGCUGCAGCGAUGGCUAGAGUCUCCCAACUAGAGCAGAGGAUUGGUCUCACUGACAAAAUCUUUAUCGGACUUGAAGCUGUAAGAAUGACCGACCAAAGGUACCAUGUUUCAGACACAGCUAAAUCAGCCAUCUCUGCCACAGGGAGAACCGCAGCAGCGGCUGCAACUAGUGUCGUCAAUAGCAGUUACUUCUCAAACGGAGCUCUUUGGCUUUCUGGUGCGUUGGAGCGAGCUGCUAAAGCUGCAUCUGAUCUCGGUAACCACGGCUCCAGGCAGUGACUAUAGAGAGAGGACCAAAUCAGAACCGUAUCCGUCUUGUGAAUAUUAUUAUAUGAUGAAGAGCUGAUCAUGAAUAACACUACUAGCUUAUGAAAGUAUAGGUGGCAUUAGAUUUUAUCAUAACGAAUCCUAGACAAUGUAUACACAUAACACAUUCGCAUUACCUACUACAUCUUAUACACUAAAAGUUUAAUUUCA